AUGGAACACUACUUCCCGGUGCUUGACAAUUGGACGGCAGAAUUCUGCAUAAUCAAAUGGUGGUCGAGUUUGGGCGACGUUGUUUUAAGUUACAGCAUCACUUUCUAUGGCAUAAUGGCUGUGCCGCGCGAAAUCACACUGUUCAGCGACAGUCCCGUCACUCGUAUUGAUGUAACUUCUCCUUUUCGACAUGAAGAACUGUCACCAAAAUUAGAGCUGAAAGAUUUGGUGCAGCCAUUAAGACCUGCCGAUAGCAAAAUCAGUGCCUUGGGUCCAAGAGACUUGUUUCAGGACGGACAACAGAUCUAUGAAUUGAUUCUCACUUAUUACUUCACCGUUCAUAAGACAUGUGAAGUGACGCCGACGUUUCCGUUACUGUCCAGUUUUUUGUACGAAAAUGAGUACCACAGUCACCUUUGGAUGGUGUUCGAUUCAAACGACCAGUACAUUUUCGCCGGCGAGGCGUAUCCAGCUAGAUAUUCUCGCAAGUUGGAAAAGGGCGAUUACAAGCUGGUGGCACAGAUUAGGCACGAUUGCCAGGCGAUGCUUGAGAAAGUACGCGAUCUGAAUGUGGCCGUUUAUCACCGCCUGGAAAUUCCGCUCAGCCUUGACUUCUACUCGAGCUGGUGUUCAGCGAUCAGCAUCGGCGAAAAGAAGUUCAAGAACUUAACCAUUUCGCCCGGUGAUACCAUACCUCUUUACAUUGCCGGCUUGUCGGAAGACAGCAUGCCGAAAAACUGUGAGGCAGGUUGGUAUUUGUCCGGGCAACUAAUCCUCGGAAAAUCAGAGUACGCUAAAGUCGCUCAGUUCCCGGUCAAGUAUGUCAUUACGUCGAUCGCAAGAAGAUCGAAACGAGUCAUUGUCGCGCGCAGAGAUGAUCAGAAGAGCAGGUCGCUUGGUGAAGCCGUCAGAGACGUGAAGAUUGCGUGGAUUUCUAGGUUAAACGAUCCUCUGGCGGAUCUGCUGUAUAAAGAACUGGUUGAACUAUUUCCAGACCAUAUCGAAAUCUAUUUUUCACGCAUGAAACGUCUCAUUGGAAAGAAUGCUUUUAAACACCGUAAGGAAAUUAUUCAGCUUGCGGACAUUAUCAUUGGCAAGGUCGAUCGCACGAGCUUGUUGCAGUUUUAUGGGACGAAGUUGGAUUUGUCACCCGAAGCUGCUAAAAGCAAAACGUGUCGCUGGGCGAGGUGGUUAAGGUCGUCUGUCGUUACGACUAUUGAGAUCAGAUUCUUUGAAAAGCGAAAGGCUAUUCUCCUGGCGGCACUGGUAGAAAAGGGAAAUGCAAUGGCGGACGACAUACUGUGUGCAACGGACGAUGCGCCUCCUUCUUUCAAAAAUGGAUUGUCGUACCCUGUGCCUUCCGCGAGGAAACUUGAUACGGGCGUGGGCACGUCGGUGCGCGCUACAUCUUCUCAGUCGGACAUCACGGCCCCGCUGGACGACACCGUCCUCAGUGAUAUGUUCAAUGAUCAGGCACCGGAUAAACUGGCUAACGAUUUCGGGCACAUAUGCGAUAAUUGGGACUCCGAGCCGUCGCCAACGCAGCCGCUGAACGAUGCUCAGCAGACUCCUGAACCUGCUGCUAGCCUGGAUAUGGUAACUGUGACGAAAUUCACCAUCGCAGACGUCGACCAAAUAUACCGCGAAGUGGUGCAGUUGAGCGACCCGUUCGAUCCCAGUGUUAGUCACGUACCGAUUUUCAUCGAGCUGCGCACUGACUCUUUUUUAUUGCAGGUAAUAAUGUUUUCUGCAAAACUCGCCGUUCUGCAUCGACACUACUGCCGUGCGUUGACCUUUUACUACAGAAUCUUGGAGAGCCGACCGUCAAAAAAAAUUGAAGAGCUUUGUAUAGAAGUGAGUAAAUGGCCCAAAUGA